ACGACGCACGCGCCGCGGCCGGUCCCAGUCCCGGUUGCAAGGCUGUUGGUGAAGGCGUCUGCGUCUACGUUUCCGUACGGCUGGCCGCGCGGCCCUGGGAUAGUCUGUAGAGGAUGCCAAAUGAGAGAAUCCCCCACUCAAGUCAAACUCAGGAGCAAGACUGUUCACAGAGUCAGGAUAUCAGUGAGAGUGCAGAGGGGACAAUCAAGCAGGAAAACGAUGGCUACGUGGAGCUGGGGGAGAGCCUCCCCUCUUGUUUCCCUGCUAAUGGACCCUCCACUUCCGCCAAGGGGUAUCCCUCGGAACUUCCGAGGAGAGGGCCAGCCCUGCUGCACAUCGACAGACAUCAGAUCCAGGCGGUGGAGCCCAGUGCACAGGCCCUGGAGCUGCAGGGUUUGGGUGUGGACGUCUAUGACCAGGACGUGCUGGAGCAAGGGGUGCUUCAGCAGGUGGACAGCGCCAUCCACGAGGCCAGCUGCGUGGCCCAGCUUGCCGACGUGGAGAAGGAGUAUCGGUCAGUGCUGGACGACCUCACGUCAUGUACGACAUCCCUAAGGCAAAUCAAUAAAAUUAUUGAACAACUUAGCCCUCAAGCUGCCACCAACAAAGACAUCAACAGGAAACUAGAUUCUGUAAAACGACAGAAGUACAACAAGGAACAACAGCUGAAGAAGAUCACAGCAAAACAAAAACGUCUCCAGGCUAUCCUUGGGGGAGCAGAGGUGAAAGUUGAACUAGAUCAUGCCAGUCUGGAGGAGGAGGAUGCAGAAGCAGGGCCGUCCUGCCUCGGCAGCAUGCUCAUGCCUGCUCAGGAGACUGCUUGGGAAGAGCUCGUCCGCACUGGUCAGAUGACACCUUUUGGUACCCAGAUCCCUCAGAAGCAGGAGAAAAAGCCCAGAAAACUAAUGCUCAACGAAACAUCAGAUUUUGAAAAGUAUUUGGCAGAUCAAGCAAAACUGUCCUUUGAAAGAAAGAAGCAAGCUUGUAAUAAAAGAGCAACUAAAAAAGCCCCGGCCUCGGUCACUUCUGAGCUGAGCUCAACACUCAAUGAAAACAAACCAGACAAGAGAGGCAAAGUUCUCUCGAAAACAGAUAAGCGCUUGAAAAAACACAUCAAGAAACUCCAGAAGAGGGCUCUUCAGUUCCAGGGGCAGGUGGGAUUGCUAAAGGGAAAGAAACCCUUGGAGUGUGAUGUGAGGCCAAAGGCAGAGGGAGACUCUGAGGGUGAAGAGUCCGAGUACCUGCCCACGGAGGAGGAGCUGGAGGAGGCGGCAGGGGCUGACCUGUCCGGGGAAGGCACCGACUGUGAUCGGAGACUGGUGCUCCGUCGCCAGAAACGGCAGAAGAAAGUCACAGUGCCGGAGAGUGAUGAUGACUUUUUUCCCAGUUCUGGGGAAGAAGCUGAAGCCGCAGGAGGAGGAGGAGGAGGUCGGAAAGUAGUGAGAUGCCGAGAUGAUGGAGAUGAAGGUUAUUAUAAGCAGCGGUUAAGGAGAUGGAAUAAACUGAGACUGCGGGACAAAGAGAAGAGUUUGAGGCUUGAAGAUGAUUCUGAGGAAAGUGAUGCCGAAUUUGACGAAGGUUUUAAAGUGCCGGGUUUUCUUUUCAAAAAGCUUUUUAAGUACCAGCAGACAGGUGUUAGGUGGCUGUGGGAAUUGCACUGCCAGCAGGCAGGAGGAAUUCUGGGAGACGAAAUGGGAUUGGGCAAGACCAUCCAGAUAAUUGCCUUCUUGGCAGGUCUGAGCUACAGCAAGAUCAGGACUCGUGGUUCAAAUUACAGGUUCGAGGGGUUGGGUCCGACUAUAAUUGUCUGUCCGACGACAGUGAUGCAUCAGUGGGUGAAGGAAUUUCACACGUGGUGGCCUCCAUUCAGAGUGGCAGUUCUGCACGAAACUGGGUCCUUUACCCACAAAAAGGAGAAACUAAUUCAAGAUAUUGCUCAUUGUCAUGGGAUUUUGAUCACUUCUUACUCCUACGUUCGACUGAUGCAAGAUGAUAUUAGCAGGCAUGACUGGCACUAUGUGAUCUUGGACGAAGGACACAAAAUUCGGAAUCCAAAUGCUGCCAUCACUCUUGCUUGCAAACAGUUCCGCACGCCUCAUCGCAUCAUCCUGUCUGGCUCACCGAUGCAGAAUAACCUCCGUGAGCUGUGGUCACUCUUUGAUUUCAUCUUCCCGGGAAAGUUGGGCACGUUGCCUGUGUUUAUGGAGCAGUUCUCAGUCCCCAUCACCAUGGGGGGGUAUUCAAAUGCCUCCCCAGUACAGGUUAAAACUGCUUAUAAGUGUGCAUGUGUUCUACGAGAUACCAUAAAUCCAUACCUACUGCGGAGAAUGAAGUCGGAUGUCAAAAUGAGCCUUUCUUUGCCAGAUAAAAACGAACAGGUCUUAUUUUGCCGUCUUACAGAUGAGCAACAUAAAGUCUACCAAAAUUUCAUUGAUUCCAAAGAAGUUUACAGAAUUCUCAAUGGAGAGAUGCAGAUUUUCUCUGGACUUGUAGCCCUAAGAAAAAUCUGCAACCACCCUGAUCUCUUUUCUGGAGGCCCCAAGAAUCUUAAAGGUAUUCCAGAUGAUGAACUAGGGGAAGAUCAGUUUGGACACUGGAAACGUUCUGGGAAAAUGAUAGUUGUUGAGUCCUUGUUGAAAAUAUGGCACAAGCAGGGCCAACGAGUAUUGCUGUUUUCUCAGUCCAGACAGAUGUUGGACAUAUUUGAAGUAUUCCUUAGGGCCCAAAAGUAUUCCUAUCUCAAGAUGGAUGGUACCACUGCGAUAGCUUCAAGACAACCACUGAUUACAAGAUACAAUGAGGACACAUCCAUAUUUGUGUUUCUUCUGACCACUCGGGUGGGUGGCCUAGGAGUCAACCUGACAGGGGCAAACCGAGUCAUCAUCUAUGACCCUGACUGGAACCCAAGCACAGACGUGCAGGCCCGGGAGCGAGCGUGGCGGAUAGGCCAGAAGAAACAGGUGACGGUGUACAGGCUUCUGACCGCAGGCACCAUCGAAGAGAAGAUUUACCACCGACAAAUCUUCAAGCAGUUUUUGACAAAUAGAGUGCUAAAAGAUCCAAAGCAAAGGCGAUUUUUCAAAUCCAAUGAUCUUUAUGAGCUGUUUACUCUGACUAGUCCUGAUACAUCCCAGAGCACUGAAACAAGUGCUAUUUUUGCAGGAACUGGUUCAGAUGUUCAGACACCCAAACGCCAUUUAAAAAGAAAACUUCAACUGGCUUUUGGAACAGACCAGAACAUUCCAGUAGGUAAAAAGUUCCCUGGUUCUAACACAUCUGCAAAUGUUGCCACGUCAUCUGAAGAGAAAUCUACAGCUAUAGGACCUGAAGUGAAUGCAGUAACUUCUAAUCUAGGUGAUCCUUUGAAAGAUGCCCCUCAAACAUCUUGUAGUCUAACUAACAGUGAGAGGCUUGGAGAAGAGACAGAUGCAGUGUCCAGACUGCAGGAUUCCUCAGUGAUUCAUGGAAACGGGGAAGGUUCAGAUUCUCCAGGAAUCAGCAAAAUGUACAGGAUGUCUGGUGAGGAAAGCAUCGAUGAAAAGGAGGGUCUUUCUGAUAAAAGAGAAAGCUUCCGGGUUCAAACAGGACCUCUUUGGGAGAAUGAGCAAACAGAAAAUAAUUUUUAUAAGCACAAGUCGAAAAUGAAACAUCAUGUGGCAGAAGAAAAGACCCUGGAGAAACAUCUGAGGCCGAAGCAAAAGCUUAAGAGCUCUAAGCACCGCAGAGACGCCAAGUUUGAGGGAACUCGAAUUCCACACCUGGUGAAGAAGAAGCAGUACCGGAGGCAAGACAAUGAAAAUGAGAGCGAGCCCAAGGAACGCAGCCAUGACGACUACGUCCUGGAAAAGCUUUUCAGAAAAUCAGUGGGUGUGCACAGCAUCAUGAAGCAUGAUGCCAUCAUGGACGGAGCCAGUCCAGACUACGUGCUGGUGGAGGCGGAGGCCAACCGUGUGGCCCAGGAUGCCCUCAAAGCACUGAGACUCUCUCGGCAGCGGUGUCUGGGAGCAGCAUCUGGUGUUCCCACCUGGACCGGCCACAGGGGUGUGGCUGGUGCACCAGCAGGAAGAAGGAGCAGAUUUGGUCAGAAAAGGAACUCCAGCUUCUCUGUGCAGCAUCCCUCUUCAGCAUCUCCAAAGGAGAAAUGCCAGGACAGCACUAUGAAAAAGGAUGGAAAAGAUAAUGUUUCGGAGCAUUUUAGUGGAAAAGUUGAAGAUGCAGAGCCUUCAUCCGGGGCCCUCACUUCGUCCUCACUGUUGGCUAAAAUGAGAGCUAGAAACCACCUAAUUUUGCCAGAGCGCUUAGAAAGUGAAAGUGGGUGCCUUCCAGAGGCUUCUGCUCCUCCGCCUUCCAGCAUGGAACACGAUGACCUUCUGGUGGAGAUGAGAAACUUCAUUGCCUUUCAGGCCCAAGUUGAUGGCCAGGCCAGCACUCGGGAGAUACUGCAGGAGUUUGAAUCCAAGUUAUCAGCAUCACAGUCUUGUGUCUUUCGAGAACUACUGAGAAACCUGUGCACUUUUCAUAGAACUUCAGGCGGUGAAGGAAUUUGGAAACUCAAGCCAGAAUACUGCUGAUCAAGAUUACCUUCUGAACUUUAAAUUGACUUUUUCUAGUGGAAAUUUCUGAUUAUUAAUCUUAUGAUUAAUAAUCGUAUGUUUUGUCGAUGGAAGUUGGCUGCAUUUGAUGUUUACUUUGAAUGAUAGCUACCUCAUAAUUAAAACUUUAAGGAGGAAGAAAUUCUUCUCUGAAACUUAAAAGUUUUAAAAAUACCUGUAUUUCUUUUUUUUUUUCCCAAAAUUAAUUAUGAAAUCAGGGACCUGUGAAUCCUUGGAACACAUUUGUUCUUUUACCCAGAAGAUGCUGUCAGGGAAUACAUUACUACUCAUUUAGAAGUUUAUAGACCAGAACUCUCAAGAAUUCUUUUUAUUGGUGCUAAAAACAUGUCUUAUAUUCAGUUAGACCUGUUCAGUAAAUCAGUUCAUCAGUAUCUGAUAACAGAAUUGUUUUUGGUACCUAGCUUUUAAAUGUUUAAAUCGAUACUUGCCACUCAAAAAAGAGAUCGGACUUGUUACCUUUUGAGUCCUAUUAGUUGCCUUUAAAUGAUCUUCUGUUAAGGUACUGUUAAAUUGACAGGUAUUUUUAUUAGUAAAGCAUGGAAUAGCUUGAUAAUAAAUGAUGAGACAUGUAUUUGCAGAAACUUGUAGUUUUCUCAGUUUACAGUGGCUUUAUUUUAAGCAAAGGGCACCUUUCCCCACCGCAUAGUGAAUAGCGGUUUUAGGAAAAUAUAUGUUAUCUUAAGAAAAAAAAAAAUCAAGCAGAACCAAAAGUAGUUACAAAUAAAACCACCAACGCACA